CCAUUUAGUUAUGGAUUAAUGUCUUCGUGUUCUUCUGUCAAAUACUAAAACCGUCUCUCUCUCUCUCUCUCUCGUCUUCCAGCCACCGCCGUGGCUCCUCCGCUUCUCUCUGUAAAAACUCCAUGUUUCUUUGUCUAGAUUCGUGCUAAUUAAAAAUUAACCAGCGGUAUCACAAACAUGCGAUUCCGCGUUGUGAAAUUCCGAAAUUGACCUGGAGAAAUCGCCGAUUCUGAUGGCGGAUGUCACCGGAGAUCGCUACCUGGAGAAGCUAGUCCACUUCGUGGAGCAGCAGGCCGGUUCGUUGAUCGACGGCAGCCUAGUGCUGAAGCUGAACCCGGCCGGGUUCCACUACGUCAACUCGCGGCUCGAGGCCUUGCACGAGCUCGAGAGCCUCCUCGCCGGCGCUCCCGUCGACUACCUCCGCGCCUACGUCUCCGACCUCGGAGACCACCGCGCGCUUGAGCAGCUGAGGAGGAUUCUAAGGCUCUUGACAUCCCUCAAGGUCGUUUCGGUGCUGCCGUCUCCCGCCAGGGACCCUACGCCGCUGUCGUUUCGGCCGUUUGGGAGGCUUAGGGUUUUGGAGCUUCGAGGAUGCGAUUUGUCCACCUCCGCCGCGAAAGGGUUGCUCGAGCUGCGGCACACCUUGGAGAAGAUCAUUUGCCAUAAUUCUACUGAUGCUCUGCGGCAUGUGUUUGCGAGUAGAAUUGCAGAGAUUAAGGACUCACCGCAGUGGAAUCGCUUGUCAUUCGUUUCGUGUGCUUGUAAUGGCUUGGUUCUCAUGGAUGAGUCUUUGCAACUCCUUCCUGCUGUCGAAACUCUCGACCUUAGCCGGAACAAGUUUGCGAUUGUUGAUAAUCUUCGGAAGUGUGUCAAAUUGAAGCACCUAGACCUUGGUUUCAAUCAGUUCAGAACGAUUUCAUCAUUCAGUCAAGUCACCUGCCAUUUACUUAAACUUGUUUUGAGGAACAAUGCUCUAACUACAUUGCGUGGGAUUGAGAAUUUGAAGUCACUUGAAGGGCUUGAUGUUUCCUACAAUAUUAUUUCAAAAUUUUCAGAGUUAGAAUACCUUUCUGGACUUCCAUCUCUUGAAAACUUGUGGUUGGAAGGGAAUCCGUUGUGUUGUGCCCGUUGGUAUCGGUCACAAGCAUUCAGUUAUGUCACUAAUCCAGACAAAUUGAAGUUAGAUGAUAAGGAGAUCAGCACCAGAGAAUUUUGGAAGAGGCAACUUAUUGUUGCUGGCCGGCACAAGCGACCUGCCAGCUUUGGGUUUUAUUCUCCUGUAAAGUGCGAUGAUAAUGGAGAUUCAAGUCCUAACAGAAAAAGGAAAAAGGUAUCUCGUCUUGCUUCAAUUGUUAAUGUAGAGGAGAAGACAUGUUCUGACCAGGACUCUGUGUCUUGUGACAAUGAGAUUCAAAGCAGAGAGGAAGUUGUCAUAUCUGACAAUGAAGCUGAAAUUGUUGAUUUGAUGACUAGAGUUGAGCUAAUGAAGAAAGAGCGCUCUGUUCUUUGGUUGCGGGAGUUCAAGGAGUGGUUAGAUCAUGCUUCUGAGAAUGAUGUAGACAUCAGUAGAUAUAGCAGGGCUAGACUGCAUCUCGAGAAGGAAAACUAUAUAAAAACCAAGGCAAGCUGCAGGCAGCUGGGUGAAAAAUUAACAUAUGUUCCAAACUGCGUCCAAGCAUCAGGAGAUGAGAGUAGUACAAAUGUUUUAGAAUCAGACAGUUCCUUCUUGGAUAUAUCUUCUGGACAUGCCCAUUACUUUGACCAAAUUCUUUCAACGGGGAAUGCUGGUAGGGUCAGCCCAGUUGGCAUGGAUAGUAGAGAUCUCAGGGAGAAUUUAAAAGCUUAUUCCCAUGAAGGGACAAGUACUGUCAGUUUGGAGGCUAAAAGUUUCCGUGCUCAGAUGUUCACCGCUCAAGGUCAGGGGAUGAUCCAGAAUUUGAGCAUGUCUGCAUUAUCUGUUAUUGAUGAUAUUUCAGAGUCUUAUUCAUCAUCUGCUAACCCCGGAUCACCGCCCCAUUAUCAAAAAGACAUUCUUCGUCGUAGACAUAACUUAGAGGAGGAAAUUUUACAGUUAUCCGCUGGGUCAUAUUCAGUGGCAUCAUCGGAUAGUAAUACCAGCUGUUGUGAAGAUGAAAAUUGUGAAUCUACGCAGUCAGUUCCUGAGAACUGGUUAAAUGAGAGUGCUGAAGAAUACCCACUUUCAAAUCGUUUCAAGUAUUAUGACAUAAAACGUGAGGUUGACAGACAUUUGGUUGGAGUAUCUGCCAGUGAUGUUCCUGCUGAUGCUCAUGAUGUUGAAAUUAAUAAUUGCAUUAAUGAAGAAUGUGAUUUUCUGGAGAGGAGAAAAGGAAGACAGAAGACUAAAAGAAGAGUUACUGCUCUACUAGAAGAUGAUAACAUGAUUUGGCAAGCAGAACCAGCACCAAAAUCAAAUGGCAUUCUAGAUAAUCAUGUAGCGCAAGUCGAAAAUAAGCAAGAUAAUCAGUAUUUUUAUGGGAGUGAUUUUCAUGAAGUUGAUAAGAAACAGAUGUUGGCAGAUAGAAGCAGUACCCCACUAACUGAGUUCUUAUCUUCAGGGAGUGAUGAAUUUAUUGAGAAUUAUUUCAAUACAAAUGUCGCGGAUUCACGAAAUCACGAGAUUUGUAAGCAAUGUUUGUGUUGCUGUUGUAUACUUGAGCUGGAUUUUCUUUCCAGAGAAAGAGAUGUUGCUGUUGUACUUAGUAGUGAAGACAAGCUUUAUCUACUGCUCAUCGGUGUUGCAGGAGAUGGGUCAGGCACUAUCUUAAAGUUAAAGGGUUGCCACAGGGUUGAGGAUAUCAGAGAAGUUGUAGUUGGUAUAGGGCUCCAGGUUGUGAGGGUGUAUGUUGGGGGCAGUGUGACUUACCUGUUUAAAACUAGAAGCAUUGAAAAAUCAAGACAACUACUUUCUACUUUAAAAGCUAUCGAUUCUUUUGCGCCAAAUGGAGGACUUUGCUUAAGAAGUUUGGAGCAGGUUCAGGUCGAGUUAUUUGAGAAACAAAUAUGCGGAGGUUCAAAAGUGAGCAUAUUCCAGUAUUCUAUGGUGCAGUUUUGGUGUAGUUAUAAUGAAGGUGAAUCAUGGUUUUCAAGAUCAUUAUUUGUGGCUGGAGGGCACGUAUUUUUGUGUUUUGAAGACUUGAUGCAGUUCAGCUCUUUGUCCGUGGAUGCGUCUUUGCCCACUUAUUUUUCACUUGACUUAUGUUGCUCUAUUGCCGACAUAUCUGAGUUGGUUGUUGAUGUCAGAGAAAGUCGGUGUGUAACCUUAGCUGUUGAGUGUGCAAUGUCCGAGUUCUGCCCCUCAGGCUCAGCCGUAGCGGACAAUUUAGACUCAAGUGCAAAUGAGAAAAGGAUAGCUCCAGGCUCCAUGACUUGGAAGCUCCAGUGGUUUUCCGAAGAGAGUCCGUUCAAGUUUGUGGCAUUGUUGAAGGCAAUCCACGAAGGUAUGACCGUUACCCCUUUGCUUGUAAGGUGUAUAUCGUGAAUGAAUCCCUUCGUUUUUUCGCCUCACGGUUUUGUUAGUUUCAUAUUCAUUUCAUUCUUUUAAAUUUGUUUCUUUGCCCACUUUGUUUGUUUGCCUGCCGGCGUUAGUGUGAGUUGGCUGGAAUUCGUUGAUUUGUUUUCUUAGUUUUAGCAGUUCUUUUUCUUAUGUACAUUCUGUACAGUGUACAACAUAUAGGAAAGAAAAUCGACUCUUUUGCCAAUUGUGCACACAAA